AUGGAGAAAAAGCUCAAAAGGGUUUCCAGAGCCUGUGACUUCUGCCACAAGAGAGCCCGCAAAUGCAAGCUACCAUCGGCAGAGGGAUCCCUAUCGCUCUCAUGCCUGACGUGCGUCGAGCACGACGUGGCGUGCACAUGGACCCGGGUGACGACGAAGCGAGGUGUCAAGCCUCGGGCGAGCAGAUUGACCCAGAACACGAAUGAAUCUUGCGGUAUUCGCCCAUGGAUAUACGAUGAGCGGAUCCACGGCCCAAGGGACACUAUCGGCGCACUCAUAGACACAUUCUUCCAGACCGUGUAUCCCGUGUUUCCGAUAUUUGAUCAGCAGCCACUCCUCCACGAGUGGCACACAUCAGAUCUUUCUUCAGACCGGUGCUCUUUCUCUUACCUGAUGGGUCUAUGUGCUCUCAGUCUGUCUCAUAUAAAGGAUGGUGCAGUCCUGCCGUCUCGACAAGAGUUAUUUACCACGGCUGCUCCACCCACAGGACUUCUUCCUGUGUUUAUAGACAACGCCGAGCGUAGCAUCCCAGCCGAUGCUCGUGGUCAAGACGCCUUCAGAUACCUCCCCACCAUCGCGUCCCUUGUCCUGGUCGCCUUCCAAACCAGGCACUCCUCCCUCCACCACCGCUACCUAGGUCUCUUCCACAGUCUCAUAGCAGCACAAAACCUGCACGAGGAAGUCAACUGGCCGUCAGCGCUCACGGAACCAGAGAGGCAGAGAUAUCGGCGCAUCUUCUGGUCCAUGUAUCGUCUGGAAGUGCACUCGGCAUUGGUCAUGGGCCAUGUGAUUCGAUGUCCUGAGCAGCAGACCAUGGUUGCAUACCCCGGUGAUGACUUGCAGCACACAGAAGGAAACUGGCUCGUUGGCUGGAACUUCGUUACAGACCUGUACCGAUCGCUCGAGCACGUCAUCAACCACUACCGAGUCAAACGGGCCGGGCGGACGGUGGCAGAUGCUUACAGCUCCCGUCUCUCACCGCGAGAACCUCUGGCUCUCGAGAUGGAGACAAUACUGUCUGCUCUCCAAGAUGGGUUGGAGUCCCUCCCAAGCCACAUGAUGACCGCCUCGCCGCUUUCUGCCGAUGCCGAGGCAAAUCUUUGCGGGUUUCAAGUGGCCAAUAUCCUGCUGAAAACAUUGUGCUUUGCCUGCGACCCCACGACCUUUACGUCCGCCUGCACGGCCGCUCAGCAGAUGAUCAACAGCAUCUCCAAGGUUCCAAGUGCAUAUCUUCGAGCCAUUGGCUCUUGUAUGUUCCAAGAACUGUCUGGAGUUGGGCAUCUGCUCAGCGGAUUCAUCGGCCGGCCUCUGCUGUGGACGGAGUACCAAGAGCUACGCAGCCUACUUGCGUCAAUGUCUACCUUCCUGCGGGAAAUGGACAAUUCAACAGCGAUUACAGCAAGUCUACUGCUUUCACAACACAUUGAUCGCAUCGAUGCGCACACUGAGAAAAUGCGUUCCAGCUAUCUGGAUAACUCGCCAGCUCAAGAUGGCCGUCCCUAUGUCGUACCGUCUCUCGACUGGUUGCAGACGUUCCCCUGGCUAGACAGCAUCGACAUGGAUGAGCUGAAAAGUCUAGGCUUGAUUCCAUGA